AGCCUCCUGUGAUUGAGAAGAGUCCUAUUAGUGUGGUUGCUCGUGAUCCUCCAUCUUAUGUUAUUUUUGAAGCAGCAGCAAGAGGGAACCCACCACCAGUACUGAAAUGGUAUCACAACUCAAAUGAAAUUGACUUCAAAAAUACCACAAAGAUGUAUUUGACCAGUACUGGGUCAUUGAUUAUAUUGGGUCCUCAGUUUGAGGAUAAUGGUCAAUAUAAGGUAGUGGCAGACAAUGGAGCAGGCUCAAUAGAAGCAGCUGCCAGUCUUACAAUAUACUUCAGGUCAGCCUGCAAUAGAGGGUCUGGUUGCUCUAAUGAUGGACAGUGUCUCCCAGUACAUUACUGCAGGUGUCCUGAUGGAUAUUCUGGUGAUGGAUGCGAGGAAAGUCAGGAAACACCUUCUUCUACAACCCCUACUACUCCUCUUCCUAGCUCUGGUGAUUAUUAUUAUUCUGGUGAUUAUUACUAUUCUGGUGACUAUUACUAUUCUGGUGAUAAUGAUUAUAAAAGAAAGAAAAGAG